AUGUCAAUCAAAACCCUCUGCUUGGGGCUUUUCUGUGCUCUUUUUGUCUCUCAUAUUUACACACCCAUACCGGACAACAUUGCAGAAAGGUGGAAAAUAAUGGCCUUGGAUUCAGUUACUAAAACUUUGACAUUUUUGGCUCUGGGUUUCGAAAAUAUGGGUAUCAUGAGAUUUGAAGAUUUUAUUUCUAUGAUAAUAAGGCUGGAUUAUACUGAACCACUUUCAGAUGAAUACGUCACAGUGACUGAUACAACUUUUGCUAACAUUCCAGUACGUUUGUACCUGCCAAAGGGAAAGACAGAAACCCUAAGACGAGCUGUAAUAUAUAUGCAUGGUGGUGCUUUUUGUCUUGGAAGUUUCAAGCUAACGUCUAUAGAUCACCUGAAUAGAUGGACUGCAACCAAACUUGAUGCUGUUGUUGUAAGCGUGGACUAUAGACUGGCUCCUCAACACCAAUAUCCUGCUCAGUUUGAAGAUGCCAUUGCUGCAGUCACAUUUUUUCUUCAGGAUAAAAUUCUUACAAAAUAUGGAGUGGAUCCUACCCGAAUCUGUAUUUCAGGGGACAGUUCUGGUGGCACUCUAGCAACAGCAGUGACUCAAUACGUGGAGAAUAAUCCUAAAAUGAAACACAAACUAAAGGCGCAAGCUUUACUAUACCCUUACUUACAGUUAAUCGAUAUUAAUAUGCCAUCUCACCGAGAAAAUGAGAAUGGUAUAGUUCUGACAAGAGAAAUGGCCAUAAAACUUGUGAGCUUAUGUUUCACCAAGGAUGAAGCACUUCCCCAGGCAGUUAGAAGGAACCAACACAUGCCUCUGGGGUCAAGAGAUCUGUUUAAGUAUAUUAACUGGAGUAUUAUUCUUCCUGAGAAGUAUAGAAAGGAUCAUGUUUAUACUGAACCAAUUCUUGGAAAAUUUAAUUAUUCAUUCCCAGGAUUGAUAGAUAAUAGAAUGUCACCUUUGUUGGCUAAUGAUUCCCUGUUACAGAAUUUGCCACUGACCUAUAUUCUUACCUGUCAAUAUGAUCUUACAAGAGAUGAUGGGUUUAUAUAUGCUUCAAGACUUCGAAAUGUUGGAGUUCAAGUUACUCAUGACCAUAUUGAGAAUGGAUUUCAUGCAGCUUUAUCAUUUAUGACAUCACCACUUUAUUUACAUCUGAGUCUUAGGAUAAGAGAUAUGUAUGUAAGCUGGCUGGAUAAGAAUUUAUAAGUAUAUAAUGUAUGUGUGUAGCC